CAAACCGAACGGAUGCUACACAAAUUCCAUGCGGAUGCUGAAACGCUUCAAAUACGCUUACAAAACAUUGAACUACCUAGAAGAAUUAUUAAUUUAUAAAAGUCAGUAGUUUUAACUACUGGAAUUGUGUUGUUGUGUGAUCUGCCAAAAAUUUGUAUUCUUUAUAGAUUUCCAACUCAACAACACUUUUGGAAAAAUGCAGUCGUGUUCCACUCCUGAUCGCCAUGGGUACAGCGUGUGCUUUUCACCAUUCCAGCCAAACCAUUUAUUACUGGCCACAAGUCAACUUUAUGGCUUGGCUGGAGGUGGCACAUUAUUUCUGUUAGAGCUGCCUGCGGCGAAUGGCAAGGGCUUGACUGAACUUGGACGGAUGGAGUGGUCUGAUGGACUUUUUGAUGUGGCAUGGUGUCCGUAUGCGGAUAAUAUAGCGGCAACGGCUUCUGGUGAUGGCUCUCUGCAAAUAUGGGGCGGGCUAGACGAUAACACCGAUUCAGAAGAAAUGCUGAAGACGCUUACUCAGCCCUUGAUUUGCUUGCAGGAACACAAAAACGAGGUGUACAGCAUCAACUGGGGCGAACAGUGGAACAGUCAUCAGCUGUUGUCAGCCAGUUGGGACGGCACCAUCAAACUAUGGGAUUGCCAUCGCCAGAACUCGUUGACCACCUGUACCGGACAUAGUGACCUCAUCUACUGUGCAAAGUUCUCGCCACUUAUUGCCAACCUCUUCGCUAGCGUAAGUACAGAUGGUUACUUAAACUUAUGGAAUUCUGCUCUUGAAUUUUCAGGUAAACCACUGAUGAGCAUCGAAGCAGCGCACAACGGCGAAGUACUUGCCUGUGACUGGAGUCAAUUCGAUCGAAACUUUCUGAUGACUGGUGGUUCGGAUGGACUGGUGCGAGCUUGGGACUUACGAAACAUGCGACAUCACAUCUUUCAACUUUACUCCGGAGAAUUCGCGGUACGGCGCCUAGCUUGCUCACCGACAACGGCAUCGGUGGUGGCAACAGCAAAUUACGAUUUCACGACUAGAAUCUGGGAUUUCAAUCAGUCUUUAGACGCUAUGGAGGUCAAUGUAAACCAUACAGAGUUCGUGUGCGGAUUGGACUGGAAUGCUAGUAGACCACAUCAGCUUGCCGACUGUGGCUGGGAUGCCGUCGUUAAUGUUUAUACGCCGAAAACACUAACUGACCUGUUGGACUAGGGAUUCUGGGGAAUGCUUGGGACGUUAAUGCAUUACCAAAUAUACAACUUGAGGAGAAGAGGUUUAAAGUAAUGUUACAAGCUUUGUAAAUGCGCUGUGAAAACUAUUAGAUUUGAUAGUUAGAAGCUAAGGAAUCGAAAGUAAGCAGAAUACAAAGGAUGACCUUAAAAGGUAUGAAAUAGAGGACCACGAGGAACAAGUAGCUGAGCUAUUCUAAUUUUCACCAACUAAGUGUCUUCAUUGUGAUAAUAGAAAUUUACUCAUACAAUCAUGGAAAUUGUUGAAGAAAGAUUUACAUAAUUAUUCAUAUUUUAGCUUUAAUGUAUAAAUUUUUUAUUGAAAAAAUAAUAAAACCUUUUAUGUAUAAAGUCGACAACGGACAAAAUUAUAUAUCGGACUUAACGUUGGCGAGUGGUACGACUAGAAAAGUUUGAGCUCAGCGUACAGCUAGAAACAUUGGCCACGCAGCGUACAAUUUUACUCUUUCUUCACAUGGCAUUAGUCACUCACGAAAACCGGGUGAAACAGUAGCGAUAAAAAUUUAUGACGCCUCUGCAUCCUUUUUAUUUCGUAGGAAUUUCACUAGUUUUACUGGUUGAUGCGUGCCAUUGCAGGAUUUGAAGAACUUGGAAAUUACUUUAAAACGCAAGUAAAUGGCGAUUACCAGAUGGAUAGACAAAAGUUAUU